CCCGACAGCAGGCAUCGGGUCACCAGGCAUGACAGCGGGCACUGGGUCAUCAGGCAUUGGAUCGUCUGGCACGACAGCGGGCAUCGAGUCACCAGGCAUGACAGCGGGUACUGGGUCAUCAGGUACCGGAUCGUCUGGAUCGACAGCGGGCAUCGAGUCAACUGGCCUAAUGGAAUCAUCAGGCUGGAUCAGUUCAUCAUGCUGGGUAGAGGCAUCAGGCUGAAUGGAGGCAUCAGGCUGGGUGGAGGCAUCAGGCUGGGUGAAGGCAUCAGGCUGGGUGGAGGCAUCAGGCUGGGUAGAGGCAUCAGGCUGGGUAGAGGCAUCAGGCUGGGUAGAGGCAUCAGGCUGCAGUGCGGACGGCAGGCUCACCGGUUUGGAUACUGGCAGGAUGGUACUGGUUGGAAAGAAUUUUCACUUUUUUCUGGUUUUAACUACUGGAGCACUGCAAGUAAACGCAGGUCUGCAAACGAAUGGAGCAGCUGAGGACAGAGAAGAGCUGGAAGAUGGAACAGAGGAGGGAGCAGUUGCUACAGAGGACUUCUUUACAGGGUUAAAGAAAGGAUAGGUGCAGCGAGUGGGAACAGAGGACUGGUAUGUGGUAGUUAGAGUAUACUGGGCAGUCACUGGGGGUGCUGUCGGGGAUGCAGGAAGAGUGCCUUGAGCAGAGGAAUGACGUUGCAAACUGACUGAGGCUGGGUGCAACAAGUCUGACCAUGUCUGCAGUAUGGGUUGAACAAAGCUGAGCUUACACAAAGCCUGUCUGGUCAAAGACUGCACUGCGUUUAUACAAUCUCUUAGUACCUGUGGUGAACAUGCAGAAUAACACUCCAGAAAGUAAUCCACAUCAUCCUCUAAUAACCAUACCAGGGACUCUACCUGGUCGGCACUAAAUGGUGGCAAAAAUUCAUCCCUCCAUUCGGGGGGGUACCAGAUGAAACCAACUCAGCACAAACCUGAAUCAAUGGCUGCACCUCAGAGAAUUCUGUGCCCUGAUCUACUAGGCAAUGAGCGAUCCUUAUACACUCUAGUAGUUGAUCCCGGGUAUACUCCUUCAGAGUCUGAUAAGCAUAUUCUCUGUCAUCAAACACUAGCAGAGAUAAAUACACCACCUCAUCAAGAUCCAUCCUUCCCA